UUGCAAUUUUUCAGUGAUAUUCAUGGGUACUGCUAAUCCAUAGGCAGGGCACAGGUGAAUCCCCAUGUCUAAUAUUUUUGAGAAGUACAAGUUUACGUAGUUAGAGUUGAAUUUUGCUCUUUGAAGUUCUGAGCAACAUCAUACAUGGCUGCUUCAAUCCCAAGCUGCUCAUUUCACUGCAACUCCCCAUCACCAUCCUCUUCUUCAUUACCCAGCUCCUCCAAUUGUUCAACCACAGCCACUCCUUUCACCUUAUCUUUUCUUCCCUCUGCCAUCUCCAGAAGCUACAGGGUUUCAUCAAGAAUCAGGGCCAAGUUCGAGAAAUUUCAUGGUGAAGAAGAAUCGCUGUCCACUGAGGAGAACCCACCAUUGCAAGCUCAGUCUCUAGCUCAACAACAAGAACUAGAUGGAGGAGUGGAUACAAAGGAAGAAGAUGACAGCUGCCUGCCUUCAGAUUUGGUGGAUGCUGUGAGGCAAUCUGGGGAAGCAAGUGCCACUUUUGUGUCUUCAGGAGGAAUGAGAGCAAUAGUGGAGCUUUUGAUCCCACAGCUUCAGUUUCUUGAUGAUGAAGGUGCACAAGCUGAGCUAUGGGAUCUCUCAAGGGUUUUCGUGGAAACCCUAAUGGAAAAGACAGGAACCCAGAGAGUGAAAGCCAUAUUCCCAGAUGCUGGUGCUGCUGCACUUCUCAAGUACAGAUGGAAAGAAGCAGCCUUUGGAUUUGCUAGCUUGGGCGACAGGAAGCCAGUUGAUAGCGAAGAUGAGAUUGUGGUUAUGGUUGUUCCUGAUUACCAAAUGCUCUCAUCUGUGGAGAAAAUCACAGCUAGUCUUUCAGACGAUCCGCCAAGGCCACUCAUCAUGUGGAAUCCGCGCCUCAUUAGUGAAGAUGUUGGAGUUGGGAUCAAUGUUCGCAAUCUCAGGCGCUACUUCUUGAGCACUUUCACCACAGUUUACUCGAUGAGACCUCUGCCAGAAGGUGCUGUCUUCAGGUGUUAUCCAGGAUUGUGGAAGGUGUUUUUUGAUGACAAAGAGAGGCCUAAUAGAUAUCUGCUCGCUAAAGAGUUUAUAAGGCGCCCUGAUGCUGACGAUAUCGAGAUAAUAUUUGGGAAUGGAGGAGAAAACUCCGAGGAGGGUCAAUCUUUAUUCAGCCAAGCUGCUAGCAUUUUCUCUUCUAUAAACAGAUUCAUGAGAGUCAUAUCAAAGUAGCUAGCUUAUAUGUGUACAUCCCCCACAGAGAUCCCUCAUACUUCUGAAGCCAUGGAAACACAGCUGUUAGUGAUCAGGAAGGAUGCAGUUAUCUUACAUUAUAGUUAUGAGUUCUGCCAUGACGCUGACUCACUGCUUGUAAAACCUUGAAACUUCAAUACCAAUCUACAUGCUUUGUUGAUGUCUUUGGUUGCUUGGUCUUCGGCUUCUGGACUUACUGUUCUCAACUCUUGCUUUGACAAUGAGUGAAUACAGCACUUCAG